AUUCUUUAACUAUUAACAGAGUCCUCUGCCAAAGCAACUACAUGGCAACGCAUGACAGUGCCGGCGCGUUUAGCUUUACUGACUUGCAGUCGAUACGGCACUGGACUCUUAAUCUGUCAAAAAAAGAUUCACUACUUAAAGGAUAAAAUAAAUUUCGUCUACAUAAUGGCAACAACUAUGAGCUCUAAGGAAGUGUUUAUGGUCAAUUGUCAUGAAAUUCCUGAAACAAUAUGCGUGGAAACCCGUUUUAUAACUCAAGCGGCAGUUAACAAGCCCAAGCAAUGUGAACAAUUAUUUUACAUUACACAUAAAAAUGGAAAAUUGGAGAUGACUAGACAGGAAGAUAAUCUGGUAGCCUCAAAUGUUAUCACAACACUACCAAAACCUGCUACAGCUUUACUAAGUAUUCAUGCAAAAGAGGCAUCAACACAACCAACAAUGACAGGUCAAGUAGUCCCAUUAAAAUCUUCAUUUACAAGUGAAUCCACAACAUCUCAAACGCAGCAAACGUUUCACUUGAAUAGUACAAAUCCUUUCGUAAACACGCUGGGAAUUACAAACAUGCCAUUGGUCAGGCCUACUGUUAAUGAUCAAAUUCAACAGACCGAACUAUCAACACUACACACGAAGUCUGUUGCCAUACAAUGCAAACUUGAUGAGGAAAUAUAUAAUGUAGGAGAUGAAUGGCCGCCAAUCACGGAAAAGCCGUUAGAGAAUGAAGAAUAUCCGGAAAUUGAUGUAGAAAGUUUUUUAAAGUUCGUUAAAGAUAAUUCAGCUCAGCAAAAUAACUUUAAAGAAUGCUUAAUAUGUGGAGAGGUAUGUAAGUCUAAAAAAUACUUCUAUGGGCACAUGGCUAUUCAUCAAGGUCCCAGGGUAUUAUGCUCAAAAUGCGGUAAAUACUUGGACAAUGAGAAAUUGUUGUUUAAACAUAAUUGUCAUAAAGAAAAGCUGUUGGAAAAGGCUUUUCUGCAAUGUCCCCAUCACAGCUGCAGAGUAGCGGCGAUUUCGCAUCUGGAGCUUUACGACCACAUUAACGAACAUGAUAACAAUCGUAUGUAUAAGUGUUCGGCAUGCCGUAGGGGAUUUUGUACUGGUCAAGAAUUUCUACGUCACAUAUUGAUUAGAGCUAAAUGUUAUACGAGCGCCAAACGAAAACGAUUUUAUGUAUACGGUUUGGAAUCACACAAAGAACGGUUAUGUCGUGUGCGGGUUUUUACUUUACACACCUUUAAAAAACGCACCAUAUUAGUAAAGACUUUCUUGUCACAGCGUGUUGCUAAACAAGGAACAUGUAAAAUUUGUUUUAAGCCAUUUACCAACAGAUCGGUAUUUAAUCGUCAUCGUAUUAAGUGUUUAAACAAAUUUCGAAAGAGAUUGCUAAGGCAUUCAGUUGGAAGUUGUUAACAGAAGAUUAUUUAAAUAAAAUUUUUAAAGUAUUCUUAUAAUAAAAAGAAAAAACCUUAA